UUUCUAAAGUUUAUACAGCUGAUUGGAUUGAUGGAGAUUAUUUUGAAUGGGAUUCUAAAUCUCAACAAUUAAAAAGAUAUGGAACUAUUGAAAAAGUACAAGUUGUACUAAAAAAUUUAGGAAAUCUUGAAAAUGCAAAUAAAAGUUGGUUUGAUGAGGCAAAAGUUCAUUUAGUUAUGAGUAAUAAAUAUACAUAUUUAUUACGUUGCCUAGGUUUAACCCAAGAUCCAUCAAAUGGUGAUUAUAUGCUUAUAAUGAGACGUUUUGAUACAAGUUUAAGAAAAUAUUUACAAUCAAAUCAUGAUCAACUUAAAUGGAAAGAAAGAAUUGAAAUCGCUUCUAGUAUAAUAACAUCUCUUUUUCAUAUACAUAUAGAAGGUUUAAUUCAUAAAGAUUUACAUUCAGGAAAUAUAUUAUAUAAAAAAUUUGCCAAUAAUUGGGUUAUUAGUGAUUUUGGUUUUUGUGGUCCUAUUGAUGAGCCAUUAGGAAGUGUAUAUGGAAAUCUUCCUUAUAUGGCCCCAGAGAGUUUUACUGGAAAAGGUUAUUCAUUAGCAUCUGAUGUAUAUAGUAUUGCAAUGUUAAUGUGGGAAAUUUCAUCUGGUCUACAACCUUUUGCUAAUUAUGAAAAUAAUUUUAAUCUUGCUGUAAAAAUUAUUAAGGGUAUGAGACCAGAUAUUGUAUCAGGAACUCCUUUAAAAUAUAAAGAAUUGAUGGAGAAAUGUUGGGAUGCCGAUCCUUCAAAAAGACCCGAUAUUAGUGUGGUUUUACUUGAAAUGAAUGAGAUUGAAAAAUGUUAUCAUCAAAAUAUAUCACUUGAAUUAUUUCAAUCAGAAACAAAUACUAGUAAUUUAUUAACAAGUUCAGAAACGAAGAAAAGUGAGGUUUAUCAGUUUGGAAAUUUAUCCAUUGAACCAAAGAAUGCAACAGAAGAACAAAAAGUACCUCAAAGCGAAUCUGCUGACUUCUUGCAAUUAUAUGAUGAUUUUUAACGAAUCAAGUAAUCAAUAAUUUUCGAGGUAACUUACAAUAAAAAAUUUAUGAAACAAUACAGAAAUAUUUACUAGGAAACGGAACCGUAAAUCUGAAGCAAAAAAAAGAGACAAAUUAAAUUUUUGCGAUUUAUUGGAUGAAGAUCACGUAAGUUGACAGAGAAACACGCAUGACCAUAUAUUGUCGCUCCAGACAAUGAUGAUUUAUUUAUUAUUAAUAGUAAUAAGCUUCUAAGUUAUUUUCUUUUUUGAUAAUAAUCUCAUAUGAAUAUUAUUGGUGCAUGUUUUUAAUUAAAGUAUUUUAGAUAUACAAGUUAUUUAUAAAUUGAUUUAUUUUAUUAUUUCAUUUUGAAAUUGUAAGGAUUUUAUUUUUCAUUAAAUAUUAGGAUUUGUUAUUUAUGAAC